AUGGGCAGCAGCAAAAUGGACGAUAUAAAGGAUAUUGCGAGCAGGACUCCCGUGAGGAGCGAUAUUAGAAAAUGGAACAGUCAGGAUUAUGUGCUUGAUUUGUUGGAGCUGUUGGAGCAAGUGGGUAUUCUUGAUGUUGCGGAUGAUGAUUAUUGGAAUAAGAGGGAUAUCCUCGUCACCAUCUCCAACCCCCCAGACCCAAACAACACCCACGAACACUGGGCCCUAUACCUCAACGACCCCUCCAACCCCAUCAAAACUACCUUCGAAGUCAAAGGCUCAACCGGUCGCUAUCGCUACGAACCAGAAAUCAAACCCCCAAAUGUCCGCCUCUCAAGAGAUCUUGUCGGGCUAGUCCCCAUAUGUACUGUGGAACCUAGCAAGGCGAGCAAGAUCAAGGAGAUUGCGGGUACUGCGCGUGUACGGAAUGAGGUUGAGGGUUGGAAUAGUCUGUGUUUUGUAGGGGGAUUGUUCAAUGCUUUGAAAAGAGAGGGUGUCGUUGAUGGGGAGGAUGAGGAUUACCUGUGUCAAAUGGCCCAUAUUUGUCCGGGUUUGUCCAGGAAUAGAAGAGAGUGGCGGAUUCGGAUAUUCUUGGGUUGA